AUGUCUGCCCGAAACAGAGCGCGCGCAAAUCCUAAUCAAGACGCAGACGAGGAGCGCCGUCUAUGGAAGGAGAUCAAGGACAAGGCGAAGGAUGUCGAUGUGAUGGUGGCUCGUUCCAACGACAUUGGUCAUGAGAUUCUCAAGGCAGAAACUCAACAAGCCGCCUUGCUGGAUGCAGAUAAACCAAGCGAUCCUGUGCUCGACGAGCUAUUAGAGAAACUUUACCGCGAGAACGUCAAAAUCUGCGAAGAGGUGUCUCAGAUUGUGGAAGGCAAGUCAAACGAUACGAAUUUACUCGACAGUAUCAACAUCCUUGCUGGACUUCGAGAAGCAUCUCAAGAGCAUGCAGCUCAGAUGCAGGCCAGUCAGUCACAUCGUUCUGCCAGCGGGAAGCUCUCUCGUGCGCCCAAGAAGGUCAGUGGCAAGCCAGGAUCGGCCAUAGCUGUCACCACUGAAGAGAUUGACGACACAUCUGCUGCCCCGUCGCCCAGGAUCAAUCUUGGACCUCGACUUACUGCAAAGGAGAAGACCUCGAGAUCUGGCAGUAUCGCUACUACGCGCGAGGCGUCUGUCAAGAUCGAGGAUGGCGCAGAAUCUGUCGCCAGUAGUGCUGACGGCACUUCCACGGCAGCGGGCCCUAGCAAAGGCUCGUCAAGUAAUCGUCCGUCGAAUCGGCUUGUUCUUAGGCUCAACGAGGUCGUGUUCUGUCGGCAUGACAUGAAGAGUGCUAAUCCCAAAAAUCUCCCCGAGGGAGAGGGCAUCCUCUGUCGUGUUACGGCUGUGAUCGGCGAAGGAAAGCAGCGACGGUAUGAAGUGCAGGACGCGGAUACGCUGGGAGAGCCGCCGCCACCACAACGAGCAUCGGUCGCCCAGCUACUACAGAUCCCAGAGAGCAAUAAAGGCUUGCAAGAUCUGCCAGCGAAGAAACAAGUCAUCGCUCAGUAUCCGGAUACGACCACAUUCUACAAAGCGGAAGUCAGCGAGCCUUGGAAGGCCAAGGAUAUCGCGAAUGACAAGGGCAUCAUGGUGAGGCUCAUCUUCCAAGAAGACGUGGAAGCAAGGGAAGUAGAGCGUCGAUUUGUGCUUCUAGACGGAAAGUGA